CAUUUUUUAAUUAGAUAAUGAGUACACUACCGCGAGCUUGGUUACAAGGGGAAACGAUCGAUCAUUUAAAAAUGUUUGCUGCUUUAAUUCAACAACUGAGUGAACAACUUGAUCAAGCUAAUCCAGCUCACAAUGAGGCUUGGGAAUACUCCAGAUCUAUUUUAAAAAUCAUCACACCUAUGUAAAUAGUUGCAAAAAUCUACAGCGUCGAUUCUUUUAUGAGUGACUCAUCUACACCAUGUAAAUCCACGGAAUUAUUUAAAUGGUUGAGAUAUUUCGAUUUUGAAUAUUGUACAUAAUAAAACACAUGGAAAAAUCUAUUCUACAAGUGCAAAGUCUUCGUUAUCGGUCUUAGUCAGCUAGAUAAUGUCUCGCUCACUUACUGAUAGGUGAGAGGUUAAAAGUCGCCUUAUCUUAAUCCUUCUCUCUUUUCCUAUUAUAACAAUCACCAACCUAUAAAUAGCGCGCAAGGUCUUUACUCAGUUUUUGCAUCAUUGACUUUCACUCAAUAUGUUCUUUUGGAUUCUGAAAAUUUUUUUAUUUAAUUUUGCGUUGAACUGUUGCUGCUUCUUUUCCAUUUCUGUUCAUUUUUUAUUGGCUUUCAAGAGCUGAGUUUGUGGUUUUACUAAUCACAUAUAAAAUAUUGAUGAAAGCAAAUAAGAAGAUAAAAGACAGCUUCAGUGAAAUCAUCAAAUAAUUUGAAUUUUUAUAGACCAUUCUUUGCAGUUACGGAAUUUGUAAAUAAUAUGAAGCAUCAAACAAUUUUAGGUGUUAUUUUUAUAUUAACUUCUGAGAGUAUUGAUGGAUUUUUUAUACCAGGAAAAGAAUAUAUUUUUGAUUAUGAAGCAAUAGCUAGUUCAGGUGUAUUGUCGCCUUCAAAAGCACAAUCGGUUUGGGGUUUUUCUGGGUUAUUGAUAGUUCAAGCUGAUCAAAAUGCAGUUAUAAUGCAGUUUCAAUCAUUAAAAACUAAAGUGUCUAAUGGCAUAGAUGAACUUGAUAUGAAAAAGGAUGCUAUAUUAUUAGAUGGACAUAUAGAACAGUUACAAAAGCCUUUCAAAAUUCAAUAUAAAAUGGGUCAAAUUGAAAAUUUUAGUGUUGAAGUUAAUGAAGAAGUGUGGGCUACAAAUAUUAAACGGAAUGUUGCUGGAAUUUUACAACUUGAUUUGGUUACUUUAGAAUCUCAAGUUGCAUUUCAUUCUCUUGAAGUAAAUCAUUAUGGACAAUGUACAACAGAAUAUGUUGUAACAAUUGAGUCUGCUAAUAAACGAGUAAUACGUAAGUCAGUAGAUCCUCGAACAUGCUUAGGUCAUCCACAUCGAACAUGGAGUAAUGUUCCACAAAUGCCUUGUUUUAGCAGUGAUCAAAAUCCAGUAAUGAAAUCCAGUGAAAGAAUUUAUGAAAUUUUUUUUGAAAAAAAUAUAAUUAAACUUUUUUAUAUUAAUGUUACUGGUGAAAUUUACAUUCAACCUUUUCAUAGUCUUGGAGAAGCUCAGUUUAUGAUUAUUAACCAACAAAUAACAUUCAUAUCAGAAAAAGAUCAUAUGAUAAAUUAUACUAAAAAAAAUUUCCAAAUAAAAAAUUUGCAACAUGAACUCCCUGACGAUGAUUUAACUCAAGGUAGAGGAACUCCAAAAAAAAGUUCAAUUUUUAAAUAUAUAAGCAUUCUUUUGGAUCGUUUAAGUCAACGACUUGAAAAUCCAGGUUUAGAUAAAGAAAUUAACAAUCUUCAUAACACAACAAUUUCUGCUCUAAUAUAUUAUCUUGGUAUGCUAAAUAGAGUUGACUUACAAACAGCUUAUAAUAAUAUAUCCGGAACUAGUUAUAAAGAAGAGACUGUUAGAAAUAUGUUUUUAGAAGCGCUACCACAAGUUGGAACUACAGAAUCUGCAUUAUUUGUAUUAGAACUUAUUCAAUCACAAACAGUAUCAGAUAUUACUUCAAUACAAUUAUUGACACAUCUUCCUUUUCAUGUUCGCAAACCUGAUGUACAAUUAUUAUUAGGUUUGCAACCACUGCUUAAUCUUCAUAUUAAAAUUGCUUCCGAAAUACAGAAUACAGGUAUACUUACAUUUGGAACCUUAAUUUAUAAGACAUGUCUUCUUUAUUGCCCCUAUGAAAUGCUUGAUGAUUAUGUUAAACUUUAUUUGGAUAAAUUUACAGAGAAUAGAGAUUAUGAGAAAAAAAUGGUUUGGUUAGAAGGAUUAUCAAAUAUUCAACUUGGACGUGUUGUUGAAUUUCUUGAACCCAUUGCAAGUGGAAAUAGUGUUGAAUCUCGACAUCUUCGAGUGCUUGCUGCUUGGGCGUCAUUACCAACUGCUCCACUUCGACCUGAUGUGAUAUAUCCUGUUUAUUGGCCUAUUCUUGUGAAUCGAACCGAGCAUUUGGAAAUGCGAGUAGCCGCAUUAACUCUAUUAAUAGUUUCUAAUCCAAUGCCAAGUCGCCUUAUAUCUCUAUAUUGGUAUUUGAAAGGAGAACCUAAUCGACAUCUUUAUAAUUUUUUUUAUACUACUAUAAAAUCAAUGGAACGUUCGAAAUUUCCGUGUUAUACUCAUAUUGGUGGGAUUGCUGCACAAUUUUCUCGAAUACUUAAAAAAUCACAACUCAACAAACAUAUUAUUACUGGAAAUUACUUAUUCGAUUAUCAAGAUUCUCAAAGACAUUUUGGUGCUAUUAUUCAUGGAAUUAUAAUUGCAAAUUCUUUGACAAAUAUUCCAGAAGUAGCCUAUAUUACUUUAAAUAAUCAUGGUACUGGCUUUGAUUUAAAUCAUAUUUCGUUAUAUAUUAAGGCAGAAGGAUUUUUACAUGCAUUUUCAACCAAUAUCAAUUAUUUAACCUUAUCGACCCGUCUUGAAAAUAUUCUUAAACAAUUUAAAUUGAAAAGCCAAUCUAGUAAUCCAGUACAUCUUGAAAUUAUUGCAAAAAUUCAACAAAAAGCUGUAUUAUGCUUGCAUUUAAAUCAAACAAAUCUUGUUAAAGUAUUCAAUUAUUUAUCAACUUUACAAGAUAGCACGUAUCAUGUUUAUAAAACUAUGGAAUUUCAUGUUAAUCAGCAAAGUAUUCAUGUUCCAUUAACAAUGGAAUCUAUUCAAGUAACAGAUUUGGGAACAACUGUAAGAUUAGCUGUUACUGCUACAUCUCUUUUCUCAGUAAGAGGAAAUUUCACGCAUAUAUCAAAUGGUAGAAAUAAUCAUGUCAUAUUAAGAACUACAAUACAUGGUACUGAAUCUAUUGAAAAUUAUAAUCCUUUGAGUGAUCUUUGGCAUGCUGCUGUGAGAGCUCAAUCUAUUCAUGGUUAUUUGCCAAUCAACGUAACAUUUGGCUUUCAAGACAAAUUAUUUUUUUCUUAUAAUACACCAGAAGAAAAACUUAGAGCUGGACUCACAGCUCAUGUUAGAACAGUUACAAAUAUUAGAGGUCCUGAUAUAAAAACUAAAUUAAAUUUUAUUUGUCCAAACUGUGUUGAUCUAUAUACCGUAAAACGUUUACCUUAUAAAGAAAUUAAGUUAAAUAAUUUAUUUGUAUUAAAAGCUCCUGAACUUGGUGGAUUAUUUGGAGUAAAAGUAUUUAACUGUGAAGACAAGAUUCCAUUUGAAAAAUUUAUAACAGAUAUUUUAUCCUCACAUCAAAGUAACUGUCAAAUUUGGCCUUUCUUAGAAAUUGUUUUAUUAGGUUUACACUUUUUCGACUAUUUUUCUUAUGUUCCACCAUCUGGAAGCUGUGGUUUAGAAGUAUACAUUGAACCAAUUAGUACACAAUCUUCUGAGAUUCGUUUUGAGUACAUGAAAAAUGAUAAAUAUCAUAUGUUAUCUUUAACUAGACAAGAUCUUAAUAAAGCUCAGAUACUUCAACAAUGGAAUGUUGUUAUUGCAUAUGCUGUAACAAGUUGGUUUUCAGACACAUUGAAAAUAAAAGCAAGUAGUAGUUUUCUUGGAGAAAAAGUUAUGAAAAUAUGUUUUGAAGGAGAAAGAGAAACUCCUUGGGAUUGGAAUCUUUUAAGCAUAAAACCUAGUGAACCAUCUUUAAUAAAAUUGAAUAUCAUUUGGGGUACAGCAGAUUCAGCUAAAGGUAAAUGCAGUGGUUCUUCCAUAUUCAUAGAUUUAAUUGGUGAAAUAACCAAUGAACAAAUCAUGGAGAGCAAAAAAAAUAUAUGGCCUUAUAAUGAAUGUCAAAUGCAAGCAAAUGGAAAAUCUUUUAUUCCAUACACAGAAGCUUGUUAUGAAGCAUCAAGAGAAAUGUCAACAUUAAGAAGAUAUAAAAUAUCCAUUGCACAUGAACACCUUCCAAUUCAAAUUUUAAAAUUAGGGCAGAAACUGCAGGCUCUUUUUGAUUUGGCUGGAGUUAAUACUAUAAAAAUUCCAAACAAAGAUCAAAUUACUGUUCUAGCAACAUUUCCGAAAGAUUCUAAUAAUGGACAACUGCAAAUAAACGAAGAAAAUAUUCAAACUGAAUUUGAUCAAAAUUUUAUUAAUAAUAUUUUGAUAAGAAACAGAUUGCACAAGUAUAUGGAUAGUUUAGUUCUAAGAUCAUUCUUUAGUAUCUGUAUACUAACUCCUUCCAUAAUUAAAUCAUCUAAUAAUAUUUCACAUACUUUUGAAAAAAAUUCAGAAAAAUUAAUUCUUGCUCGAUGUGACAAUAAUAAUCCUAGAUUUGUAUUAUCUGCAAUUAGUAAGGGAAAUUUUGUUGAAUUAAUUCUUAAUGAUGAGACUGAUAAAAUUAUUUUAAGUUCUAAUGAUGAAGGAAGUACUGUAUAUAAUUACACACAUCCAAUACCUUUAACAAAGGACUUUCAAUUUGCUUAUAUUGGUUCAAAAUGGAUGAGAAUGGAUAGAAACACUGUUCAUCUUAUAUUAUUGGAAGUUUUACUUUCUAUACACUGGUCUCGAGAUGAAAUACUUUUAUUUUAUCCUAAUUUUAUUCAAGAAUUUGUCUGCGGAUAUUGUACAUUAAACGAUAUAAAUAGUGAUUAUUUCUAUGAAAAACUUUAA